AUGGGUAAAAAAAUUGUAUUUAAUAUAAGCAGUGAUUUUCAAUUAAAAUCAAUGUUAGGUGAAGGUGCGUAUGGUAUUGUAUGUUCGGCAAUCCAUAAGCCAACAAAUGAGAUUGUUGCAAUUAAAAAGAUUGAACCAUUUGAUAAACCAUUAUUUGCCUUACGUACUUUACGAGAAAUUAAAAUAUUGAAACAUUUUCAACAUGAGAAUAUAAUAUCGAUAUUUGAUAUCCAACGACCUGAUUCAUUUGAAAAUUUUAAUGAAGUUUAUAUUAUUCAAGAAUUGAUGCAAACAGAUUUACAUCGUGUUAUAAUGACACAAAAUUUAAGCGAUGAUCAUAUACAAUAUUUUCUAUAUCAAACAAUUCGUGGUAUAAAGACAUUACAUUCGAGUAAUAUAAUUCAUAGGGAUUUAAAGCCCUCGAAUUUAUUAAUUAAUUCGAAUUGUGACUUAAAGAUAUGUGAUUUUGGUUUAGCAAGAAUUAUUGAAGAAGAAAAAAUACCGUCAUCAUCAUCGGAUGAAAACGAUAGCACAACGGCAACAAAUGAAAAUAUGACAUCGACCAACGCGGGAAUGACAGAAUAUGUUGCCACAAGAUGGUAUCGUGCACCUGAAGUAAUGUUAACCGCAGCAAAAUAUUCAAGAGCAAUAGAUAUAUGGUCCUGUGGUUGUAUCUUGGCAGAAUUAUUUUUAAAGAGGCCAAUAUUACCUGGUAAAGAUUAUAGACAUCAAUUAUUAUUAAUAUUUGGAUUACUAGGUUCACCAACGGAAGAUGAUUUGAAAUGCAUUGAAUCUACACGUGCCAGACAAUAUAUUAAACAAUUACCAAAGAUGAAUAAACCGAAUUUAUUUGAAAUGUUUAAAGGUUGCAAUGAAUUAGGAAUUGAUUUAUUAAGUAAAAUGUUAGUAUUUAAUCCAAAUAAUAGGAUUACGGCACAAGAAAUUUUAGAUCAUCCCUAUUUAGCAACAUAUCAUGAUCCACAAGAUGAACCAAUUGGUAAACCAAUUCCAUCAAGUUUCUUUGAAUUUGAUAAUUAUAAAGAUGUUCUGACUACUAAAGAUCUUAAAAAAUUAUUAUGGAAUGAAAUAUUUGCAUAG